AGUUUCCCACCACUUACUUAUUCUUCAAUUCUCUGCUAAACAUAUAUGGCUCUUAGGUUCUUUUUCAUCGCCAUUGUUGUUAUGGCUUUGGCAUCUUCAUUUGCCAAUGCUGCAGAUCCCGAUCCUUUGCAGGAUAUCUGCGUUGCAAUUGAAGAUCCCUACCAUGUUUUGUUCGUGAAUGGAAAGUUCUGCAAGAAUCCGAAUGAUGCCAAUGCUGGUGACUUCACUUUUCGGGGUCUUAAUAGACCUGGAAACACAUCAAACCCACUCGGGUCCAAUGUUACGGCUGUGAAUGUUAACAAUUUACCCGGACUUAAUACUCUUGGCAUUUCAAUAGCUCGUAUUGAUUUUGCACCCUACGGUCUCAACCCUCCCCACACCCACCCUAGAGCAACUGAAGUCCUCGUUGUCUUGGAAGGCACCCUCUACGUUGGGUUUGUUCUUUCUAAUCCACCACAAGGAAAGAAUAAACUAUUUGCCCAGAUAUUACAUCCCGGAGAUGUUUAUAUAUUCCCAAAAGGUCUUAUUCAUUUCCAGUUGAACAUAGGAAAGUCCGACGCCGUUGCAUUUGCUAGUUUAAGCAGUCAAAAUCCAGGAGUGAUUACAAUUGCCAACGCCGUUUUCGGUUCUGAUCCACCAAUCAACCCAGAUGUUCUCACCAAAGCAUUUCAAGUUGACGACAAAGUGAUUAAAUAUCUCCAAUCACGAUUUUGGUAUGAUAACAACCAGGGAACUGAUUAAUAUUAAUAAAUAAGCCGCCCUACCUUUGGUGUGCAAUGUUAUAUAUGAUUGAAGUUUACGUGUAUUUUGUUAUUUUGACUUUGAGUGUAUUUACAUGUAUCACGUUAUGUUGUAUCCCCUCUUGUGUUGUUAUUAUAACUAGUGUGAUACUCGUGCGAUGCACGAGAAAUGACUUGUAAAAUUUAA